GUGUCGAGACAUGAACACCACACUGGAAGAGGGACCAGAGCCGGCUUAUGCUGCAAUCUUUGGCUGUAUUUUGGCUGUGGGUCUGCCUCUCAAUGCUGUGUCACUGUGGAUUCUGCUGAGACACCACAGUCUCAAAUCCCCCAGUGCUGUCUACAUGGUCAACCUGGCAAUCUCAGACCUGCUGCUUGCUAUAUCUUUACCCUUGAGAGUCUACUUUUACGCCACCGGAACCUGGCCACUGAGCGUUUUGGCCUGCCACUCCGUUUCGAUGCUGUUUCGGAACAACAUACGCUCCAGCGCUUUAUUCAUCACCAUCAUCAGCGUGGACCGUCUGCUGGCUGUGGUUUAUCCUCUGAGAUCACGGCACCGUCGGACCUCGUCUAACGCCUGGAAAGCUGCAGCGCUCAUUUGGCUGUUUGUGAUUGUGACGAAUGUUCCGGAGAGUGUUAAAUACUUCAUCUAUUUAAACAAUACAAAUCAAUCUUCCUGUUUCAAAAAUGAUGGAAAUUCUAAAUCAAUAAUGAUUUAUCUUCAGCCGGUGCUUGUGUUCAGCAUGCUGGCAGUCAACAUUGUGUGCACUGCUCUGGUGUCCUGGACUCUAAACAGACACCUGAAUGACUCUACAAGGAUCAACAACAAGGUUUAUGUCAUGCUGAUAUUUGUUAUGAGCCUGGUCAUGUUCAUCGUAUGUUUCUUACCUCUGUAUGGGGGUUUACUUGUAAAAACAACAAGUGAAGAGAUAAAACCUUUAGUAUGUCUCGCUAGUGUGAACUGCUGCCUGGAUCCUCUGCUGUAUUACUUUUCCUUUGAUGCUUUCUGGAAGAAAAAAGACAAUGCAGAUCUUCCUGGAUAACAGAAGUCAAAGGACAUAUUAGAUUUAUGUGUUGGCAUCAUGUCUGUAAUGUAACAAUGAAUUUUUGCAGUUAUGUGUGAUGCUCAUUUAGAUCACAAACCUAUCCUCUCAUAAAUGUCCUUAAAUGUAAAGAUUUAACAUGAGGCCAGGCAAAUAUGUUCCUAUUAAAAGCUGCAUAAAUGUUCUCAAGUACAUUCUACAUAUGCUGUGUGAUUUACUGUUUUUAAUUGUAUAUUGCUUGUCUUUUUGUUACAAAAUACUG